AAAUGGGAUAAGAGGAGAAGUUUCGUGGUGUAGGACGACCGUAAUGGCGCAGACACUGAAAGCGGCUGCAGUUCCCGUUAGUUUCCGGAGGGAGAGAGAGAGGGAUAGGGUCGCCGAAGCUUGCUCUUUAGCCGGUGAUAUUCCUUCCCAUCGCAGGUUAAGGCUCCGUACUGUGGCCAGGUGGAAAUUGAACGAUAUCGGUCCAAAUGCUGUGCAAGAGAGAGUGAGUUGGUGGGUAUCCAAAACCCAGAAUCUUCUGAACGACGUAACCUCGCCGCUGGUUAAAAAAGGUCAGAGUGUGGGCGAUGAUGACGGGGAUCAAUCUGAUUCUCAACACAUGGACGAACUUUUUACAGUUGACCAAACAAUGCAUCGCCACACGCUAAACGGACCUCUUUCUUUACCUGCUAUCGUAUCCGUCGAGCAGUUUAGCAGGAUGAACGGAUUAACCGGACAGAAAAUGCAGGAAAUAUUUGAUACACUUGUUCCUCCACCCUUAUCUUCCAAUGCUCGUUACCUGGUGGAAUAUUGCUGUUUCAGGUUCUUGUCGAGGGAUAGUUCUGAAUUUCAUCCCUCCCUCAAGGAGCCUGCGUUCCAGAGGCUGGUUUUCCUUACAAUGCUUGCAUGGGAGAGUCCUUACUCAAAAGAAGGAGAUGAAUGGGAUUAUGCCUCAGAGAAACCCUCUUUUCAGGGUCGGUUUGUAGGAGAAGAUGCAUUUGUUCGUAUUGCUCCUGCAAUCACAGGCGUAGCUGAUAGGGCAACUGUUCAUAGCCUCUUUAAGUCUCUGGCUGCUACUGGUCAGGGGAUUUCUUUGGCGAUUUGGCUGACUUACAUUCAGGAACUUGUCAAAGUGCAUGAAGGACGGAGGUCAUACCAGCCUCGUGAAUAUCCAAAGUUAUCAUCAGAGAGACUUUUAUGCGUUGCUUCUAGCAGAAAAGGACCUGUUCUAAAAUGGGAGAAUAACUUCGCAUGGCCAGGAAAACUAACUUUGACUGAUAAAGCACUCUAUUUUGAGCCGGUUGGCUUAGCAGGAAGAAAAGAAGUCAUGAGACUUGAUCUCACAGGAGACUCAUUAUGUGUGGAGAAAGCAAAAGUGGGCCCCCUGGGUUCAGCCCUUUUUGAUUCUGCAGUAUGUGUUUCAUCUGGUUCUGGGUUGGACACAUGGAUUAUGGAGUUUGUUGACCUAGGGGGCGAACUGAGACGAGAUGUUUGGCAUGCAAUAAUCAGUGAAGUUAUCGCGUUGCACGCUUUUCUGCGUGACUUUGAACCAGAAGAAGAUGAUGAAUCUUUGCUUCAUGUGUUUGGUGCAAAGAAGGGAAAGGAAAAGGCAAUUGGGAGCGCAUCCAACUGCAUUGCAAGACUUCAAGCCCUUCAAGUUAUGCGAAAGUUGCCAGAUGAUCCCGUCAAGCUAGCUCAGUUCUCUUAUCUUUGGCAUGUACCCUAUGGUGACAUUGUAUGUCAGGCUUUAGCUGUAAACUUUUGGGGUGGACCGUUAGUAACAAUAGUUGCUGGAACAACAUAUAAACCAGGCCGGAAGAGUCCUGAAGAGUUCCUUGAAAGCAUUGAUCAUGCCUACGAUAUAGAUGGAAGUAUUUACUUGAACAGGUGGAUGAAAUCUCCAUCCUGGGUCUCAACUGCCUCUAUUAAUUUCUGGAAGAACUCUGCUUUAAGACAAGGCUUAGUACUCAGCAAACACCUUGCUGUGGCCGAUCUUACUCUUGUAGAAAGAGCAGCAAAGACAUGCAGAAAAAAAUAUCAGGUGGUGGAAACAACUCAAGCAACUAUUGAUGCUGCAACCAUCAAAGGAAUUCCUAGUAACAUUGAUCUCUUCAAGGAACUCAUGCUGCCACUGACUAUAACUGCCACAAAUUUCGAGAAACUCAGGCGCUGGGAGCAGCCUCAUUUAACUGUUUCUUUCCUUGCAAUUGCGUCAAUGCUAAUUUUAAGGAAUCUUUUGCCAUACCUAUUGCCUGUCUCUUUGAUGAUUUUGGCGACUGGGAUGCUUACAUUGAAGGGACUCUGGCAACAAGGCCGCCUUGGAAGAUCAUUUGGAAAGGUUACUAUCCGAGAUCAGCCACCAUCAAAUACUAUUCAGAAAAUUAUUGCUGUAAAAGAUGCCAUGCAUGAUAUGGAGAGCUAUCUCCAGAAUGUGAAUGUGGGCCUCCUAAAACUACGGACAAUUGUACUAUCCGGUCAUCCUCAGAUGACUACUGAGGUGGCAUUGGUGUUUCUAGCUCUUGCAACGGUUCUACUCGUUGUCCCUUUCAAGUUCGUUCUUGUUUUCCUUCUCUUUGAUCUCUUCACUCGGGAGCUCCAGUUCCGGAGAGAAAUGGUAAAGAGGUUUAUGGCUUACUUAAGAGACCGCUGGGAAACAUUGCCAGCUGCUCCUGUUAUUGUAUUACCCUAUGUAAAUGAAGAGCCUCCAUCGUCUUCUGAAGGAAAAGGAGCAGUCGAGGAAGCAAAGGCAGAAAGGAAUUAGAAUCGACAAGCUUAUGUAACCAUCUGUUACUCGUAGGUAUAGGUUACUUUAGUUGCAGCUCAAAAGUUUAUGCAGAAACAGGAGGCACAAACAGGGGUAUGUACUGUUUUAGUGGACAGUUAUCUACUUCUGUUCAAUGUAUAUAACAUGUAUACAUGUAUAAGGCCUGUAUAGUUUAUGAAGCUGUAAGUCAUGGACGUUGAACUUGCCCAGGUGCUGUAAUAGCUGUUUUCUCUCAUAAUUCUUGUAUGAUAAACAAGUUUGUUCUCGUGCAUUUCUCAUUUGUGAGCGUCU